UCUGAGACAUAUUUGAACGCAGCUGAUAUUGACUCACAGUAAGAAGAGCGAUGGCAGAAUCUUUACCUACAUCACCAAUACAAACACAGAGCAGGAACCAGAGUAUGGAUAUACCUCCACCUAUGUCAUCCUCCAGUGGUCCUCUGGCUGAGGAGCUGCAGUGUCCAGUGUGUCUGGAUGUGUUCACUGAUCCAGUUACCACUCCAUGUGGACACAACUUCUGUAAGAGCUGCUUGAACCAGCACUGGGACAGCAGUCAGGAGUGCAAAUGUCCAAUUUGUAAUGAAACAUUCAGUAAAAGACCAGACCUCAAGAUCAACACAGGACUUAGACAGGUUGUGCAGCUAUUUCAGGAAAAGUCUAGUCUGAGUAAUUCUGAAGUUCUCUGUGACAUCUGUGAUGACAAAAAGAUGAAAGCCCUGAAGUCCUGUCUGGUGUGUCAAAACUCGUACUGUGAACCUCACCUGGAGCCUCAUCAGAGAGUGCCGAACUUAAAGAAACACAAACUGAUGGACCCAGUGAAAAAUAUAAAGUACUAUAUAUGCCAGAAACACGAGAGACCUCUGGAGCUGUUCUGCAGAGAUGAUCAGACGUGUAUUUGUGUGUUUUGCACUGAUGGAGACCACAAGACUCACAACACUGUUCCUCUAGAGGAGGAGAGUAAAGAAAAGAAGACUCAGCUGAUGAAGACACAGAAGGAUGUGCAGCAGAUGAUCCUGGACAGAAUCAAGAAGAUUCACUCAGCAGAAUUUAGAAAAAAAAGCACAGAGCAAGAGAAAGCAGCCAGUGUUGAGCUCUUCAGCGAUCUGAUGCGCUUCAUUGAGAGAUGUCAGGCUGAGCUGCUGGAGAUGAUGGAGGAGAAGCAGAAAGCAGCAGUGGAACAGAAUGAAGAGCUCAUUCAAGAACUGCAGCAGGAAAUCACUGAGCUCAAGAUGAGAAGCACUGAGCUGGAUCAUCUCUUACACACUGAUGAUCACCUCCACCUCCUACAGAUUUACCCAUUCCUGUGCAGUCCUCCACACACCAGUAACAGGCCUGAGAUCAGUAUGAACACUGAUGUGAGUGUGGAGACUCUGAGGAGAGCUCUGACUCAACUGCAGGAAACUCUAGAUGAGAAACUCAGUCAAACUGUGUUGAGGAGGAUUCAGCAGUAUGCAGUGGAUGUGACUUUAGAUCCUGAUACACGUCAUCAAAAUCUCAUCCUGUCUGAUGAUGGGAAACAAGUGAGACAUGAAGACAUUGAACAAAAGCUCCUAAACAACCCAGAGAGGUUUGACUACUGUACCUGUGUUCUAGGAAAAGAGGGAUUCUCCUCAGGGAGAUUUUAUUUUGAGGUUCAGGUGAAGGGAAAGACUAAAUGGAUUUUAGGAGUGGCUAAAGAAUCUAUUAACAGGAAGGGGUCGAUCACAGUGAGUCCUCGGGAUGGAUUCUGGACUGUGGGUCUGUGGAAUGAGAAUAAAUAUUGGGCAUGUACUGAUUCCUAUGUCUCUCUGUCUGUGAGUGGGAAGCUGCAAAAUGUGGGGAUGUUUGUAGAUUAUGAGGAGGGUCUGGUCUCUUUCUAUGAUGUAGAGUCCAGAUCUCAUAUCUACUCUUUCACUGGACAGUCUUUCACUGAGAAACUCUAUCCUUUCUUCAGUCCGUGUCGCAAUGAUAAAGGAGAAAAUUCAGCACCCCUGAUCAUCUCACCUGUUAACUAUGUUGAAUAA